UGUUGCUCUCGACAAAUGCACCUUGUUUUGCUAUGAUUUUGAGGUGACAGAAGAAAUCAGAAAAGCAGUUUGUUGAUGCUACUUUUGCUUCGUGAGGCAACUUUAAACAAAACCCGUUCUUCACGGCUGUCGGAUUAGGAGGAUCGCUGCACGAGCCAUCAUAUGAGACGGUGAGCCCGCUGCUCUGCCCACCGUUGGAAAACUGCUCUCUCUCUGGGCAUGACUGCCCAUUUGGCUUCCAGCAAGACCCCAGCGGCUGUCUGCUAUGCCAGUGUGUCAGCAAUGAAACCUGUCCUGAUGUGUCCACGCACUGCUCUCUGGAGUGUCCCAUGGGUUAUGAGAAAGACAGCUAUGGUUGUGAAGUGUGUGAAUGUAGUGUAGCCGCACCAAAGUGUCGCCCCAUGACCUGCAGCAAGACAUGCCCUUAUGGAUACAUGAGGAACAAGCACGGCUGUGAGAUGUGCCGCUGCGUCCGCUGUCCGCCGUUCACCUGCGACAAACACUGCGGCGGCGGCUUCAGAAAGAGCAGGAAGGGCUGCAGCGUCUGCGAGUGUGAAGACGCAGACAGACACAGCGCCUCCAUCACCGUCUCCUCCAGCUUCUGUCUGACGGCGAGCGGCCGGCGUUUCGAGGAGAGAGACGGAUGGCACGACGGCUGCCGAGACUGUUUCUGUCACGCCGGCCGAGAGAUGUGUGUGCUGAUCACCUGCCCUGUGCCCACCUGUGUCCACCCUGUGCUCCGAGCCGACCAGUGCUGCCCCGGCUGUGACGACGAGUCGGGCAGCGGGCAGCCAGAGGGUCUGGAUCUGGUGGUGUGUCGCGCUCCGGCCGGAGAGCUGUAUGUGGAGGGAGAGACGUGGCGUCUGGACGAGUGCAGCAGCUGUACGUGUCGACAGGGAAGAGUGCUGUGUGACUCUGAAUCCUGUCCUCCGCUUCUGUGUCACACACCUGUCCGGAGCAGAGACAGCUGCUGCUACACCUGUACAGACGAUCUGGAGCCGCCGCGUCCCGUAAACAGCAGUCUUCAGGAGCUCUGCGUCUCCAGCGCUGGAGAAAUCCUGCGCAGCGGCGACUCGUGGAAACCCAACGCCUGCAGCAGCUGCGUCUGCCGCGAUGGGAACGUCCGCUGCUUCUCACAGCAGUGUCCACUCGCCGAAUGCAGGGUCCCUGUGCUGCGCAAGGGCCAGUGCUGCCCGCAAUGCAUGCUGGAGAUAACGAGCUCGUCAGCGCCGCUAAUGCUGUCGACGGCCGUCACCGAGGUCUGGAUCACCGCCGCUCCUCCGCUCCACAGCGUCACACAUGGUGAAGGUCUCUCGCGGGACGUCCCGAGCCAGACGCAGAUGACGCUCAUCUACCAAUCAGCGGCCUGGAUUCUGGCGGGAAUCCUGCUGGCUGUGUUCAUCUUCCUCCUGGUGGCCAUCCUGGUGAACUGCAGGAAGAACUGGGUUCAGAUGUCCUGCUACGGUGCGCCCAAGAAGACGGUGAUCCUGCAGAAACACGUGAACAAGAGUUCUCUCGUCUACAUGGAGCCGUCCAGAGAGAGUCAGUUCCAGAGCGUGAAGAGCGGAGAGCGAGUCUGCAUCCCGCGCGCUAAACUCACUCACGGACACGUCCAGCGCUAGCGUCAGAGGCCAGAAACUCCACCGAACGCCGGCGCAAGAACAUCCCAGUACUGUGAUCACCUCCUGCUUUAUUUCCUGUUUUUAUGAUGUUCGGAGCGUCCAAACUAAACAGGACCACAGAAACUAAAGCAAGCAAGAAACAAACCAAACGUUCAGGAACCAGACGGACCUUCAGAGACCAGAGAAAAGAGAUCUGCAUCAUAUUCUGAGGCCUUGCGGCACAGACGUGUUUCCUGACCUCUCCAGUCUGUUUAUUCGUUUCUAUACGCUCGUGUUUUACUUGUAGUUUGUUGUUAGUCGCUUGUAAGCCUCGUGACUGAACAUUGCUGUAUACACUCUCACACACACACUCUCUCACUCACACACACACACUCUCUCACUCACACACACUCACAC